AUGAAGCGGGAGAUUGAUGAAGCGGGUCAAGGAUUAUCCGAGCCGGCCGUUAGAGAGGGACAAAAUAAGCAUCCGAAGACAACGGGAAGCAUCUUGAGACCUGAGGUCACGAAGAUCCUCUGUGAUUUUCUAGAGGUCGCAGUGAACCAUCUUCUCUACCUGCGCUCCAUAUAUCCUCCAGAAAUAUUUCAUCGCAGCCGUUUCGCAUCGGUGCCUGUGUACUCCAGCAGGCACCCCGGCCUUCGCUGCUACAUACGAGACGCCAUCAAUGACCUUUCUCCAUACAUCGACAAGGGGGUUGUGGAACGAAUUGACCUGGCCGUUUUCUCAUCAGAUGGAAGAAAAGUAUACGAGAGAAUAGUCUUUGACUUUUCCAUUUUCCAGCCAGCGCCUUCUGGCAUUUCUGCAGCUCAGCAGGACAGCGUGGAGCCAAUUGAAUAUUGCCUGCGCUCGUUUCUCGUCAAAGCGUCCGUUUCAGAGUGCCUCCAACGACCCCUGCCUCAAGACUGUGUAUGGGAGCUCGUUGCUCACUCCAAGAACCUUCCUUCAGGCCGAAGCUCCAGCGGCCAGUUCUGGAUUCCAGCUGAUUCUUCCUCAGAAGGCCGUGUGCCUGAUGGAGCAGGGUGCAUGAAUUCCCGUGGUGCCACAACUGGUGGUGCUCCUGGUGAAACUCGCUCUUCUAAUGGUUGUGCUCAGCCUCUGGAUCUGAAUGCAGGUCUUGAUGGUGCACGCUUGUACACAUCGAGUGGGGCGUCUGUAAAGGUGCCUAGCCGCCUCAAGUGCUACGGUAUACUGACGAAGAGUACAAGCGUCUGCUCUACCACCCGCGCUGGACCCGUGAGGAAACAGACUUGCUCAUGGAUAUCUGUGCCCGGUUCGGGCCGCGUUUCAUCGUCGUUGCCGACCGUUACAACACGGACGCCGAGCGUUACAAUGCGAGCAUUGAUCAGCCCGCUGCUCCAGGCCAUGUCAGUGCAUCGACAGGGGCGUGCUGCUGCUGCUGCUGCUGCUGGUGGUGGUGCUGGUCCUGGUGCUGCUGCUGGUGUGGAUACAGAUGGUCGUAUUUGCAAGGAAGAGUCAUUUGGGGGAGCUGGGGCUAUGAAAGACGAGCCUAGGGAAACCACUGCCGGUGCAGGAGAGGCAGGAGCAGGGGGGACAGGUGGGGCGGCAAGAGGGGCGGCAGGUGGGGCGGCAGGGGUUGGAGCUUCUGCAGCAAAGGCUGGCGAACCAAGAUCAAGUGCGGUGAAGAGGAAAGAAAGAACGGUGGAGGAGAUUAAAGAGCGGUACUACGAUGUUACCAAGAAGCUUCUUGCAUCACGAGCAGCAGCAGGCGAAGAAGUGCCAAUGGGUUUAUUACCUAAGGACGGCUACAACAUGCGUGCUGAGGUGGAACGCAAGACCCUGCUGGCCGCACAGCUGGCGCUGACUAGGCGCCAGCUGGCAGAGGAGGAGAAGCUGGCCGCCAUUCCCCCAUCCCCAACCCUCUCCUCCCGGGCACCACCCGCAACACCAGUCACUCCUCUGCAAGACGCCCACGUGGCAGCCCCAACUGUGCCCGCAUCUGCAUCCACGUCAGCAGUUGUCCAUGCUGACGUGGCGCCAGCUCAUGCGCCCGAGCGGACACGUCAGCACGCGGUGUCAGCAGGAGGGUCUCGGGGCGCUCUUGCUGCUCCGGUGUCAGCCCAGGCUGGCAACACCAGAGUGCCACGUGUGUUUGUGCGGGGUCCUCGUCUGGCCUCCACCCUCCUCGCCUCCACCACCACUGCUGGCGCUCGAAUGGCCAAGCGCAUCGAGAACACUCUUCAAGAGCUGGGGGUGUCCCUAGCACCCCGCGUGCCCACGCGGGAGGUGUGUGCGGAAUACGUUGCGCUGAGGAAAGAAGUGGUUGCGCUGCUGAACCUGCAGAAGAAGGUACACUGGAAGGAAAACGAGCUUACUCUCUUAAAGGAGAGCCUUCAAAAGGAGACAGGGGGAGGGGCAGGCGGAGGGGGAGGAAAGGGUGUUGCAGGGGGGGGGAAGGGAGUGGCUGGUGGGGGGAAGGGGGUGUCUGGGGGGGCUAAGGGCGCAGGAGGGGCAACAGGGGCAAGCAAAGGGGGAGGGAAGGGGGGAGGGGGAGGAGGAACAGUGAAGGGGGGAGGAGGAGGAGGAGGAGGAGGAGGAGGAGGAGGAGGAGGAGGAGGAGGAGGAGGAGGAGGAGGAGGAGGAGGAGGAGGAGGAGGAGGAGGGGUGGGGGGAGGGGGAACAGAGAAGGGGGGAGGAGGUGUACCUACUGCUGCUCCAGCAGCAGCAGGAGUGCCAGCAGCAGGAGCAGCAACACCCCACCAAAAGCACCAUGAGUCUUCCAACCUUGCACCCCUUUCCAGAGUGAGCUCAUGCCUCAUGCCUUCCUACCAAAGGGGUCUAAACCGAUUCAUGUAA